UCCCCGCUAGAAUUUGCCAGCUCGGACACGGCUUGCACAGAGACGUACAGAGUGGUAGCGGGUGAUACGUGCGACAAGGUUGGUCAAAAAACCUGGACCAGCACCUACCACAUUAUGCAAUUCAACCUCAUCAGCGGACCACUGUGCUACGGCCUGGAGAUUGGCAGCACGCUCUGCCUGGGUCGAUACGGAAACGAUUGCCAGUUGGUUCAUCGGGUGCGAGGAUCGGACACGUGCGAGUCGAUGGCGCGCGACUACUCCAUCUCCAGGGACACGCUCGUCAACAACAACCCCUCCAUCAACUGCGACAAUCUGUACGAUGGCUUGAUGGUGUGCGUCACCGACGGAUCCGUCAGACCCCCUCCGGACUCU